CGCGGCGCCAGGCGGUGGCGGAGGCGGGGCAGGCGGGCCGGUUGCUAAGACUUGGUGAAGCGCAGCGCUUCCGCCCGUCUCCUCAGUCUCUGAGGUCCGGUGUGCAUUCUCCCAACAUGAAACAUCUCAGAGCAAAAGGGGGAAAAAAGACACCGUGACGAGGGCGGUUUAAACUCUGUGCAAAGCAAGCGUUAGUAGGCCGUGAGUGAGAGCACGACCGCUGAUGCGUCUUGCUCGGUUGGACGAGCCUCCAGAUUCGGCACGCUCCUGGGACCGACCCCUCGUCCGGCCCAGCAGGCCUCCCGCAGCUGAGGAUGAUGCCCUGCUCCGGUGUCUGUCCCCGCAGUCGGAGCCCCGCCGAGGAUGGACCCCACCCCGGGCGCCGUGGAGCCACACAGAGACGCAAAGGUCGGGAGCCCCGAGCGAGAGCCGGCAUGGCAGGCCCUCCCGGUCCUGUCUGAGCAGCAGUCUGGCGCUGUGGAGCUGGUGCUGGCCUAUGCCGCGCCGGUCCUGGACAAGCGCCAGACCUCACGCCUCCUCAAGGAGGUGUCGGCCGUCCACCCACUGCCCGCACAGCCUCACCUCAAGAGGGUGCGACCCAGCCCCCGCCCCGGCUGCCCACACGCGCUGGAGAUGCUGCUGUGCCUGGCGGGGCCGGCCGCGGGCAUGCGAUCACUGGCCGAGCUCCUCCCGCCGCCGGCCGUGGACCCCCGCGGCCUGGGGCAGCCCUUCCUGGUGCCCGUGCCCGCGCGGCCGCCCCUGACCAGGGGCCAGUUCGAGGAGGCACGCGUUCACUGGCCCACCACCUUCCACGAGGACCGGCAGGUGACCCGAGCCCUGGCCGGGCAGCUCUUCUCGGCGCAGGAGCGGGCGGCGAUGCAGAGCCACAUGGAGCGGGCCGUGUGGGCCGCGCAGCAGGCGGCCUCGCGGGGCCUGCGGGCCGUGGGGGCGGUGGUGGUGGAGCCGGCCUCGGGCCGCGUGCUGGCCACGGGCCACGACUGCAGCAGCGCUGCCGGCCCCCUGCUGCACGCCACCAUGGUGUGCAUCGACCUGGUGGCCCGGGGCCAGGGCCGCGGCGCCUAUGACCUCGCACCCCACCCCGCCUGCUCCUUCGCCCCAGCCACCGCCCCCCCGGGCGUCCGCGCGGGCUCCGUGCGCAAGCUGGACGAGGACGCCGAUGGCCUGCCCUACGUGUGCACCGGCUACGACCUGUACGUCACCCGCGAGCCCUGCGCCAUGUGCGCCAUGGCCCUGGUCCACUCCCGCGUGCGGCGCGUCUUCUACGGGGCACCCUCUCCGGACGGCGCGCUGGGCACCCGCUUCCGCCUCCACGCCCAGCCGGACCUCAACCACCGCUUCCAGGCCUUCUGUGGCGUGCUGGAGGCCCAGUGCCGCCGGCUGGACCCCGACGCAUAGGCCCGGCCCGGACCUUCCUCGGCCUCCCUCAUGUUGCC